UUUGACUUCAAAACUUCUGGAUGCGCUUUUGCAACUGAAAGGCUCUGAAGAAAUGAACCGAGCCAACAAAGUAGCUCAAUGGGGGAAAUGGAAGAACUUUCCACAGUUGGGGAAUUCUACUCAAUUCCCCAGCAAAUCUUUCGCCUGGAGUAGUGUUGAAUUUUUUUUUUCCAGCAUGUUACGUGCAUUCACAAGUUUAACACAGUGUUGUGUCAUUUAUCCAGGUAGCCCUCAAUGCUAGGUCUGUAGUGCAGAACAUUAUCUAUCUUCAAUGGGCUGAUAGUAUUGCAUAUCUCUGAGUACAUUCUAGAUGACCGUUUUUAAUUUAUUCAUCAAACAGUUUUGUGGGCCUGACUUUUCUUCCAUGAAUUUGUGCCUUAUGUAGAGUAUGCUUAGGAGCUGUGUUCUGCGUCAGUGUGUCAACCGUGCCUGGGAUUGGAAUCACAUGGGUGACAAAGACUGGUGGCUAGGUAAAGGCGGUGGCGCAGGUUUGUAAUGAAUACAUUCACGGCUUGGGUACAGAGCGUCGUAACACAUCUGAGAUACCAGGUGCCAUCCCCGCAGUGAGAAAGGGAAGGGGGACAGAUACAAGGCUGAGGGCGAGCCUUCUUCACCCCUAGGUUAGCCAAGUAACUCAGUGUUGGGGGUUUGUACUUGGGGUUUUGUAAUGUUUCAGUGUUGGGGGUUUGUAAUGUUCCCCAAGUGAUUUUAGUGUGCAACAGAGGUUGGCACCUUAGGGCUUGUAAAUAGUAUAGCAUUCAGAAUAUAAAGUCUGAAUUUUCUUGGCUCCAUCCUUCUUCCUUAGAUUAGGAGAAGGGUGUUGAUAGCCAUUUCAAAAUACAUUAUUGGACAAUUUAAAAAAAUUAUUCAGGGUGUGUGCGCAUGCUUUUGUGUGUGUGUGUGUGUGUAGUCAGUUCUCUUUGUAUUUUGCUAUGAGCUCUGGAGGGCAAGCAAUUUCCCUCUGAGCCAUCUUGACCGCCCUAACUGAACCUUUUCCUUAGUUCUUGUCUGAUUCACAGUAUUAGGUUUUCUUUAGGCUCUCUGAGUCGUGCUUAGUAUGUUGAAAACGUGAUUUAAUUUAGUAUAGGGCUGGGUUGAAAACAAACUUUAAGCAAAGUUACCUAACAGUGCAAGACUACCUUUGUAUCCUUUUGUGCCUGUUUGUAAUUCUCCAUCUCUUCAGAGCUGGCUUGUCCUCACUACAGAUGCCUGCUAGAGAGGAACUCCCAGUUGACUCUGCCUGUUUUGCACCUCGUACCCUUGCCUCUCAUCUUCAGUGUUCCUGCUAUCACUGGAGGCAGCUCCUUAUCUGUGAGCCUUAUGAGCCCUCCUCCUCACAUCCCCAGUUCUUCCUACUGUCUUCUCCCUCAUAGGCCUUCCCCUGCAUACCCUCCAGAGCCUUCAUGAUCUUGUUCCUCCCACAUCAGACUGCAGAAUCAGGUUGUUGACGCUCUUUAGCUCUUUACUUUUAACUGGGUUUUGAAAAGCCGGGCUCUUUCAGGUCGACCAGUUCUCCCAAUUGUACCUGAUGCAUGCAUUUCCCCGCUCAACUUGGCUCCUUGCCCAGGCAUUGUCCACACUUCCCACGCCCCAGGAGAUGUAAAUGCUAGUCCCAGCCAUUGAUUGUUCCAGGCUGCCUGACAGAAACCCAUCCCCUGUUCUUGUGCUCUAAUGUCCUCUGCUAUGCCUCAGGAAUUUCGGGAACCUCUUAAACAACAGGGGAGUCCCUUCUUCACCUCUACGGCUUCCUUUCUUUUAUUGUCUAACAUCUUUAAGCAUGUUUAUUUUGUACGUGCUUGCAGGCAUGAAUGAGUUCGCAUAUUUGUGCAUGCACACGUCACAGGUCUGUGUGUCGAGGUCAGAGGCCAGGCUGCAGGAGAGUUGAUUAUUUCUUUCCACUAUGUUGGUUCUGAAGAUUGAACUCGGGUCACCUUCCUUAGUGGCAUGUGCCUUUGCCCUCUGAGCUGUCUCCUCGGACUUAUUAUCACUAUUCUUGAAAAAUAUUUCCCUGCCCACAUCUACAUUCUUCUUCUCCUCUUAGGCUUUCUCGGAAAUUAUUUUACUGAGAGUAGAGAUAGGAACCCUUUCAUUUUUUCCCUUCUAACUCCUGUAUUACAUUUUCUCCAUCUCCUCCUGCCUUUUUCAUCUCUCGUUAAUAGGAUUCAGAGCGGAGCAAGGCAAACUCAAGCCUUUGAGCUAUUUUGCAACUAUUUAUGUUGCACCUGGUGUGUGAAAGAUACCUUCCUUCUUAGGAGUCGUGCAAACCCCACCCCUAUUGAUGUCUUCUUCUAGAAGGGAAGACCCACAGUUAGCAAAUCAAUAAGCCCACACAGGGAUAUCAGGUGUUCGUAAGACUUGUAGUGCUUAAUAAGUCUUGGGGAGGAAUUUACCGGGUGGGAAUCAGUAAGUAGGCUGGGCAGAGAAGACAGCCCAGAUUCUGAAACUAAGAGAGCUGGCUCAGUCAGGGAAACAGCCAAGUAUGGCUGGAGAAACUAGGGGGCAAGGGAAAGAGGGGAGGGGCAGAGGACAUGUGGAUGUGGACAAUGAGGGUAGUGUCUUGUCGUUAUGAGGAGUUUAGCUUUGAUUCUGAGAAUGAUGGGAAAUGUUUGUUUGGAACACUUCCCAUCUUUUUGAAGCUAGUUUGUGAUAACAUCCUUCCCGCCCCCCCCCCCAUCCUCCGCCCCCGGAGAUUGCUUAUAGCAUAUAUGACCCUUAUCUGGCAUUGGAAUCAUUUCUGCUAUUUUGGGGGAGGUUACAGUCGUGGGAUAAGUCAGUCACAGGAGGGAGGGCGCUGAGAGUUAGAACUGGGUUCAGGAAGAGUCCAGGAAGGAAGGCACUGGAUGGGUUUAUGGGAAGAGAGGCUGAGAUAGCUGAAGAGUUCCAAGGAGGGGGUGAAAUGGAGGAUGGGUCUCCUUCCCAGCAUGCACCUUGUGCUGAAGUCUGCAGAAGUUAAGACUGCAUUCUUUAGACAGCAAGUGACGCGAGCGUCUGAAAGAGCACUCCGUGGAUUAUGUAAGGUGGAUUCUGUUCAGCCAGUGACUAAGACUUAGUUCAUCUCAGUUUCCGUUUUCUUCCUUAUACAACAAGGACAUGAUGCACCUUUGUCCACAGAAGUGCGUGGAUUAGAUGAGGUACUCCGCUCGUGUACAGCGCCUUCUCUGGUGUCUGCCAUAGAGUAACCUCCUCUCGAACAAUGAUGAGGCCCCGGAAAGAAAAGUGAGAUAAGAAAUUGGUGCAUGUGUGUGUGUCUGUCUGUCCCUCCCCUCUCCUUCCACAUGCUAGAUAAACACUCUUACUGAGCAGUGCCCCUGGCCCUCUUUUUGCCCCUUAUUUUGAGAUGCCAUUCCACCAAGUCACCUCUGUACUCACUCUACCCCAGGCAGGAUUUGAACUUGGGACCCUCUUAUCUCAGUCUCCCAAAGUAGCUGGGAUAGUAGAGCAGUGGCCUCAGGCCUAGCUAGAAAUUGACUUUAAGGAUACCUACAAAGUGAAAGGGAUUAUUAGACUUGAUUUAAAGAGAGAAUUGAUAGGAUUUAGAAAAUGGUUUCCUGCUGAAUGUGCUGGGUACCUAUAAUCCAGCAUUUGUGGUGUGGAGGUAGGAUGGUCAGCUCAAGCUCACUGCAGUUACAUGCUGAGUUCUAGGCCAGCAUGGUCUACAAGAGACUCUGCCUCAAAACCAACUAACUAACUAACUAACUAACUAACUAGCUAACUAACUAACAUUUUCUAAAAGCAUUGUCAACAUUUUUAUUAUUAUUAUUAUUAUUAUUUUAUUUAUUUAUUUAUUUAUUUUAUUUUUUUGGUUUUUUCGAGACAGGGUUUCUCUGUUUAGCCCUGGCUGUCCUGGAACUCACUUUGUAGACCAGGCUGGCCUCGAACUCAGAAAUCCGCCUGCCUCUGCCUCCUGAGUGCUGGGAUUAAAGGCAUGUGCCACCACACCCGGCUCAUUGUCAACAUUUUAAAGUGGAAUAUGGAAGUGCUUUUCUUGAAACAAGUUUGUUAAUUUUAAGUAUUAAAAAUGGGUGUAAGGUGGAUAUUUAGGAUAGAAUUGAUCUUAACGUUUGCUUUUCUUCUUAGUUAGGGAUUUAUGCUUUGUAGUUAAUUCCACCGUUAAAAUUUCUUGAGUAACUUCCAUUCACUUCUGUCAGAGUUUCCGCCAUCUCACGUGGAAUGAAGAUACAUACUGUGUUUCUCUUAAGAGCGAGAGCACUAAAACGUUCCUGAGCUGGUGGUUCUUAUUUGUUCCUUUCUUCCUGUGUUGUCUGACUUUGUGUGCUAGGUCUAAAACAAACAAAACAACCAAGGCCACGAGGUGAGGUGCUAGUUUCCUUGGCUUUCCUUGAGCUUUGAGGAGCCUCCCUUAGGGCUUUUGACCUCUCUGCUGUAGGAACCCAGGCAUGUUCGUAUAGACCGCGGUCUCCUCACUGCAGAGGAAGGCAGACCUGGAUGUUCUUCAGUGCCGGGGUCUGGGAGUCAUAGCCAGAGAUGUGUAAGCCUUCAUGACUUGAGGCAUUCUUCCUGAACAUGUUAACUGGCUGCUUCCCAAAGAAGCCGGGAAAAUCCUCCUUUAUGUUUCUGUAUUGACUUGCUGUCCGUGGACCUUGCUUGAACGUUGGUCAUGGAGAGAUACCGACUGGUAAUGUCCUCUGUAAGACUUGUAUUGAGAGGUUUGCGUGCUGACUAGCAAAGGCUGAAAGAGUAGAAGGGCACAGUGCUGAAAAGGAGAAACAUCAGGGGAUUUUUAUCCAAGACAGAAUUUAAUGCUGUAAGCUAUACUUGUUUUGUUCUACUUGGUUAUCACUUAGAGUUCACAACAAACGUUUGUCAGCAGGUCCUACAUAUCAGGAACUGAGUUAGUCCGAGGGAUGAUGAACAUAAGUGGUUUCUGGGGACGACCAAUACAAUUUCCAGACAGUGUCACAGUAGCUGAGCUUUGUAGAUGUGGGUAGGGUUGGGGACACCCUGGGCAUGCUAUGCUGAUGGGAGAGGAGGAUGGAUACUGAGGUCUUGUGUCAAGUGGGGGUGCUUCCAUGGAUGGAGCUGAGGGGCCAAAGCAGGUUCUGAGCUGAUCAAGUGAAAGCCCUUGGGGUAUUAAGGAUUCAGCAUGCUUUUGGGGAAGACAGUUUAGUACAUAGAUGCUUGCUACAGACUGUUCACUGUUCGAGUCUCCAUGGAGGUAAAAUGUCUACCUUGCCAGUGCAGCUCUUCCCUUUUUGUUAUUCUCUUUACUUGUGUGCCGUGUUUGGGGCCUCGCUUACACAGCCUUGAGUCAGUACUAUCCUGGGAGCCUCUAAUAACUUUUAUCUUUUGUCUCUGACACUCAUCACUUAUACCUCCCCAAUUUUGUAAAUUCCUCUAUUUUUUUUUCCUGAGGGGAGUUCCUUAUUUUAUUUUAUGUUUUGUCUGCUCUGUGAGAUUUUCAUAUUCACGAUUGCCUGACCUGCCUGACAUCCAGCUGUGUAGUUUAACAUGUCGGUAGCGGGUAAAGAUGUCAGGCGCUUGUCAAAGAGACAUUGCCGUGCCGUGCAUGUUCUGGUCAUUGUCUGACGGUUCGUUUUCAGACUAGGAAGGAGAAUUCACGGCUUGAUUUCAAAACCGAAGAAAGGGCCAUUGCUCUGACCUCACAGCAUACCUUUGCUUGUAGACACUUUGGAUGCUUCGUCUUGUUUUUUCCUUUCCUUUGUGUUUGGGAGUGUCAAAAAGGAUCUCACAGGGGAAAUGGGGUAGUGACGUUCUGUUUGUUUUGAAGUUGUUGAGUUUAGAUUGUGUGUUCAUUUGUGGAGUGUGAAUGGCAGGAUGUAGUUUUGGGGUCCUCCCUGCCAGCAGACCCCCACAUCAAGGUUAUUCUGGGAAGUCUUAUCCAGGGUUAACUGUAAAACACAGGGCUGAACUUUGUCAAACAGGAAACAGAUAUAAAUAACUAUUGAGUCUUAAUUCAAACCAAGCAACUUUCUCACACAUAGUUUAAUAAUGCAUUCUUUGAAAAAAGUAAUUUCCUCUUUUAAAAGAACACUUUAAUUCUUUUGUUUCCGGGCCACUUUCAAUAAGAGACUUUCUCACCUUGAUGUGUGUGUGGUGCCUCCUUCCCUCUAACAGUGGGAAAAUCACAUCUAUUGGCAUUCGAGUUAAAAAUAAAUUAGUGGAAAACGUUGAAGAUGUUUUUAUGUGAGUUGUUUAUCUUGUAGUUUUUCCUGUGUGUAUUUCUGUAGUCUUUGGGUCUCGAUUAAGAACCGUAGAGCUAGCAUGGUUAGCAUUUCUCAGCUUUCAGCAACUGUGCACACAGCCUCAUUUGUUUCUUAAUGAGCCCCCCUCACGGGAUGCCAGUCCUGCAGGUUUCUCAUACUGCAUGUGUGUUUGUGUGCAGGUAUACUGCAUGCACAGUUUUGUACAUAUCUAUGCCAUUUAUGUAAAAAGCAGACGAUUUCUCUGUUUCCAGAGUAGAUGGUGCUUGCCUACGCUGGAUGUUAGCAUGUGAAUGAAAGUAGUUACUGAAUGUACAAUGGCGACAGCAAUGAGAACAGAUGCCAGGCGCAUGGAAUGCCACUUGCAAGUUACAAGAGAUCCACCUUGUUUAUGAGAGUGCUGAGUUGGGUCAUGAAGGACUGGCUUCGUGGUAAUGUUAGCAGUAAGUUCAGGGCUACAGAGAAAGGCUCCCCCACUCUAAUUGAUGGGCCUUGAGAAGGUAACACGUUGUCCUUGACCAAGAGGGUGUGAUGUACACCAGAGCAGGUGAUUGGUUUUUCAUUCUAACCCAGGGGGUGGUAUGCCUUUUCCUCAUUGGCUGAAGUCAAGACCUCACAGUCUUUCAGGAUUGGCUAAUCCUAAAAGAAUCAGUGUGUGCUAGAAAGGAGGACAGGCUUACUGUACUAGGGAGAAUGAGGCCGCUGCUUCAUGCCCUUUGGUGGCUAGGAUGCAGCAGAGGCCCUGUGUAAACAUAAUCUUACCUGAUGGGUUAAGAUUAAAAAAUUUGCAUGGAGUUUUUUUUUGUAGAAAUAGAAAAAACAAUUUUCAUCUCUUGUCUUUGACACAGUUGAAAGUGCUUUAUAGAAAAGACUUAUAUGUUAUGUUUUUAUUACAGCCUGGAUAUUGGAAGUGCCGUGCUGGGCACUGGGAUGUGGAGUAUGGAGAAGGAGGCCGGUUUCUGGCGUGCUGGGCUUGAGGCUUGCUUGGGAGGCCCUGGUGCAGUUUGGUAACAGGCUCGAGAGUCAGGAACCCAUUGUGCUGUGAUGUGGGGCUGUAGGGGAAGCUGGAUGGGAACCUGCUCCCAAAAGUCGUUAGCGAUUGAGACUAAAGCACACGGACUGUUGGAGGAUUGUGUGGGUUCAAACAGACAGAUUAGGGGGUAGGACGUGGGGAGGGGUUCACCUCAGACUUGGGGGCAAUAAAAGAGUUUUGUGAGGUUUACCUUACGCAUGGAACUUAAUUAAAAUAUUUGUGGAAGUGUUUUAAUUUGGCAAAAAAAAAAAAAAGAAGAAGAAGAAGUAAAAUACAGCAAAACCUAUUUUGUUUUUAAGUGGUGGGUGUUGAGGUCUAUGCAAUGUUUGUGAAUGUAUUAAAUUUGAACGAGUAUAAAUUAAGAUGAUUUAGCGUGGAAAAUGAUCCUCAAAAAAAAUCCCCAAACUUACUAGGGCACAACUCCUGUUUCUGGGACAUUGCUGGGACUGAAGGGAUUUAGGCUUAGAAUUCUAUCAACUAUACCUCCCCUAGGUGGAUUUAAAUAUGAACAGACAAUGGAUGGGGUGCCCUUCUGUAAGUCCUUGUGACCUAGUUUAACCCUGAGAAACUGCCAUGGGGAUGGCUAUGAUUUGGAAAUUGAGACACAUAUCUUGCAACAGUGCCCAGGGCCCAGGUGCUUCUGGAAGCUUUCUGGGGACGCAGCACAAGCAACAGAGGGACUGGAAGCCAGGCCUCUGCCGCCACUCUGUUCUUCUGUGAGCCCAUCCGAUUUCCUCUUUAAUAAACAUGAUGAUCUUCACAUUCAGAAUUGCAUUCACCCAGAGAGCCUUUCUGUUCAUUUAAUCUGAAGGUCCUUCCCCGUUUUUGUUUGAAAUUUUUAUUUGAGUUAUCUUCUGCCCAGUUAGAGAAGACUCGAAAGAGGAGGGAGUGUUUCUUUUGACACACGCUAUUCUAGAGGUUUCUUUUACAUAGUUCUUUGUACAUACCACAGACUGCUAGCUGUAUAUAUCAAAUUACUAUUAUUUUUGAAUAUCAUACUGUCUUAGUCAGGGUUUCUAUUCCUGCACAAACAUCAUGACCAAGAAGCAAGUUGGGGAGGAAGGGGUUUAUUCGGCUUACAUUUCCAUACUGCUGUUGAUCACCAAAGGACUGGAACUCAAGCAGGUCAGAAAGCAGGAGCUGACGCAGAGACCAUGGAGGGAUGUUCUUUACUGGCUUGCUUCACCUGGCUUGCUCAGCCUGCUCUCUUAUAAAACCCAAGACUACCAGCCCAGAGAUGGUCCCACCCACACGGGGCCUUUCCCCCUUGAUCACUAAUUGAGAAAAUGCCUUACAGUUGGAUCUCAUGGAGGCAUUUCCUCAACUGAACCUUCUUUAUCUGUGAUAACUCCAGCUGUGUCAAGUUGACACAAAACUAGCCAGUGCACAUACCUUCCCAUCCCCCCUUCUUUUUGAGACCAUCUCACUUUGAAGUCCAGUCUGGCUUUGAUUUGGAAUCAAUCCUACCUGAGCCUUCCCAUUUUGGGAAUAGGGUAUGGCGGUGGGGGUACGAGGAGGUGGGGGAAAGAAGGGGUAUGGAAACGCAGUGUUCCUAACAGGUUCUUUAGAGAGUUUUUGAGAGGAGCUAAAGAAAGGGAUGGGACAUAGUCUGAAGUUUAGGAAGACUGGGGGAGGGGAGACUGACAUGUCGCAUGGUAUCUCAUAACAUCAUUUUAUGUAAAAACAUUAUUUGUUAGUGAAUCGAAUCUGUUUCCAUAUGGGAAAUGCACUUGGGAUCUGUGUUAGGCUUUUCUUUCUAUUCAUUUUAGAAAUCAGGCACAUUGAAAAUUAAUGUUGAUAUUCAUAGACUCAAAAUUAUAGUUAGAAUUAAAAACAAAACACUUGUGAGUGAAAUGGCUCGGUAGGUGAAGCUGCUUGCUGCCAACCCUGACUCCUUGAGCUCUGUCUUGGAACUCUUAGGAUGGGAAAAGAGAACAAACUCCCCCAGAAUGUCCUGACAGGCGGUGUGAGUGUGUGUGUGUGUGUGUGUGUGUGUGUGUGUGUGUGUGAGUUAGUGUGUGUGUGUGAGUGUGUGUGUGAGUGUGUGUGUGUCUCUGUGUGUGUGUGUGUGUGUGUGAGUGUGUGAGUGUGUGUGUGAGUGUGUGUGUGUGUGAGUGUGUGUGUGUGUGUGUCUCUGUGUGUGUGUGUGUGUAUACACAUAUACUAAAUAAAUAAAUGUAAUUUAACUUAAACUAAAACAGCUGCAGCAUAAUAGCUUGUAAUCGGUGGUGGCCAUUAACCUUUCCGUGAUGUUUUUACCUCUUUGUUUUGCCUCUUUCUUUGUCAAGGUAAUUGUGGGACUAGGGGAAAUGGGGAGGAGCCCUGAGUGGUGGCAGAUGGUGUUGCCCAGAGCUCAGUUGUGAUGGCCUGUCAAUCAAAUCAGUUUCUGAUUAAAACCCCAUUACCUUCUGCCACAGGAAGUCCUGCCCCCUCUGCCCUUGCAGGUUUUUUUUUUUUUUUUUAUUCGUUUGACCUUUAUUGUGUUUGAUUUUUGUAAUCUCAAAUUUCUUUUUCCUCUUUAAUUCUUUUUCCACAUUUGGACGUAGAUAGGAGAGAAUUCAGUCCCGUGUUUUAGGGAGUGGUAUCAAAACACAUUUAUUUUGUUCGGUGUUUUCUGCUCCAUCCUUCCUUAAAGAUAAAGACCCUUUCUCUCUGUGUGAUUAUGAGACUGUUGGGUUUGGGUGUGCCUCUCUGUAAUGCUCUGAUAUGAAAGACUGACUGCAUAGAAACUCUUAGACGACUCUGAUAUGGAUCCUGGAGAACAGUAGCUUCUCAGUUAUUUUUAGGCAUACCUGUCUAUCCUCAGUAUGAACAGCGGAGGCAUGUUGCCGUUUCCCUGGUAACUUCUCGUGGGCAUUAGUAAAUACGACGGGACCCUAGAGUUUUCCCUCAUCUGAACGGCAUUUCAGGGAAUUCCUAUAAAGUGACAAAAAUGUAUUCCUGAAGGGAACUCUCAUGCCAUUUAUUCUACACAGAUCAUUUUAUGGUGAGGCCCAGAGACGAAAAUUGAUUUUGUCUGUCCACGAUUAAGAGAGAGAAAUGUAGGCCCAAGUGCAGGUACCGGCUCUUUAAACGAUAAUUCACGCUGCAGCGCACACCACGCAGUCCGUCUCUCAGUCACGUGGACCCAGGGGCGGAGCCUGUGGAGCCUCGUGGUGUUUCUUGUUUCUUAAAUGUUGACAGUAAAUUUUGAGAAGCUGUAGGGUAGAGGCCCCUGGUCCAUUCCCAUACAUUUAUUAUUAUUGCUAUUAUAUUGGUGUUAUUAUUGGUAUUAUUAUUACUAAUGUUUCACAGGAAGUGUGUGGCUUUUGGAAAACAGGGAGGCAACUCGUGAGUGACGUUCUUAGAUUCUUGCUCUCAUGUUCAGUCUGUGAGGACAAUUUAUCUUUCCACAUGACUUGAGUGUCUUCCCUGCUCCAAGUAUCUGCAAUUAAAACAUUCCUGCAGUCACCACAUUUGUUGUUGUUGUUUUCUUUUUACAACUUAUUGCAGACUUUUUUUUGGGAAACCUAUUUUUUUAUGGCAAUUUCUUGGUGCCUGGACUAGCAAGGCUCUGUUCACAACAAGGCCUCUGUCAUAAAUAAAAAGGAUGUAUAGUGCCAGCUUGCCGACUCAGAUAUGGUAUGUUGUACAGACGACAAGCUUCUCAGUUUUCCUAGAUUAAUGUGUUCACAGUGGGCUCCAGUUAGGUCUAGUUAGGUUUAGUACACCAUUUCCAGGAUUUCUUUGGCAUUUAUUUUGUCAAAAGACACUAGUAAUAGUUUUAGAAGGAUAAUUUAUCAUCUGUCACCUGGUUUUUGUUGUGGUUUUUCCUCCCAUCUUUUAAAAAUCUCUGUUCUCAGUAGGUAAUAAAAUCCUAUUAUUAUUCAUUAUACUUAGAGGUAUAGUGUGUAAUGAAAUGAUUGAGGUGGUUUUUGUUUUGUUUUGUUUUUUGCAGCUGUAUCUAUAGGCAGAUGUUUCUCAUGGUGAGAGCCAGGUAUAUUUCUAGCUUGUAUGGUUGUGAAAGUGUGCUAGAGGUUUGGCUCGAGAGCUUGAUUUACACAGCUAAUAAGUUGCAAAGGUCUGAACGAAGCUAUUGCCAGUCCUUGUGAGGGUCCCACUCUUAAUUUCACUUGGAAUGUUUAAGGGACUCUGAGCUUGAACUCUGAUGUCGCAGCCUCAGACUGCAAAACGCAGAAAGGGCCAGGCAGCACUUCUAGCUGUUGCGACUUCAGAAAAACACAAUAUUAUUAUUGGAAUUUGGGGGUCCUUUUAUCGUUACCAGAGGGCACAAGGGAGGUUUGUUUCCCUUUUCAGGGGUUCUUGGUCUCAUUCAUCAAUAAAAGAUUUUAAGGAUGGGCGGCUCAAACAGAAGCCCAAGGGCAAUUUUAUUAGGGUUUAAAAGAAACAAGCCAGAAUAGGCUAGCUGUAAACUUCAGCUGCUGCCAAGGGAGGUGAGUGUAAGGGAGAGGAGAAGCCAUGCUGUUUAAGCUAGCGUAAGGGUCAGAACAUGGUGGGCAAGCAGCCAUGUGGCAGGCAGGCAGGGAGACCUGAGAGAAAGCACAAGGAAUGGAGAAGCAUGAUCCAGAGAAGCAGUCUGGACUCACUCCAGGCUGCAUGGCUGCUGACCUGUAAGCCUGUGCACUGCGCAUUCUUGGGAGGAGAAGUCUAGAACUCACAAUAGGAAAAGGAUUCCACCCAUCUCUGAGUGUGGGUUAAGGUGAGCGUCUCUUCCUUGGGCUGGUGGUCUCUGAGCCACAGGGCUCCACUUCCCCAGUGGUCUGCUGCGACUCCACCCAAGCCAAGGAGUCUCUUCUGUUGCCUGGGAUCUUUUUUUUUCUCUAACAAGGCACUGGCACUGAACGGACCUGCUUAUCCUCCGCUGAGGUUCUAAGAUGGUGUGGGCCUUGCCUGGCUUUGGGAACGGAACAUACAGUUAGUGACAAGAAUUCGUCUAAAGAUCAAAUGAUGACGCCUUAACCUUCAGAAUGCAUGAGCCAGCCGUGCUGCGUAUUAUAAAAGAGACUGAGAUAACCAGAACAGUCAAGAGUUGAACUAGUGCUAGGUAGAGUAACGGAUAAGAUAGGGAAGGAAGAAACUAAAGUGAUCAGGGCAGUGUGAGUGUGUGUGUGUGUGAGUGUGUGUGUCUGUGUGUGUGUGUGUGUGUGUGAGUGUGUGUGUGUGUGUGUGUGAGUGUGUGUGUGUGUGUGAGUGUGUGUGUGUGUGUGUGUGUGUGUGUAUGUGUGUGUAUGUGUGCAUGUGUGCGCGUGCACCUGUGGGUGGGUGGGCGUGGUGAGAGUGCUCCAGGGUUCCCAGGCCCCUUGGGAAGGCCUUGUUGAUCUGAGAAGGGGGAGUGACCAGAGUUGGAGUAUUUAUCCUGUCUGUUUGACCUUGCUUGGAUUGGUCAUCAUCUUAGUUUCUGUGUUGUUGGGGGAGGGUCUUAGAAAUAGACCAUACCGAGGUCUAUUUCUUUGCUUCUGUCAAGACCUUUGUGGUGCAGACAGCAGGACUAGUUAUAAAAGAAGUCCAGACUGACAGCCCCUCACCAGUCCUUUCUUUUGGUGAUAACAGACCCCGUCUCUCCCCAGGACAAGGACGGUCUUCUUGAGACCUCUCAGAACACUGAAAAGGAGACGCGUCAACAAAAAGCUUUCUGAGUUUCAGGCUGUGCUUGCUUCCCAUUUGAUUGUCAAAAGGCCAGAUCCAGGGCCUUACCCAGACCAGGCAAGCUCCGUACCGUGUACUGACUCUUGUUCCCGGCCGGGCUUGCGUUUUCUAACCUUAGAGGUCUGCCUUACAGCCGGUCUACACACGCAUGCCUCUAUUAUACAGGAAUCCGACUUAACACAAAAUUACAUAAUUGCUUAUUUUGAGAAGCCCUGUCCGUCCUCCAGUGCGUUUGAGUCAUGACAGAAAGUUGAAUUGUGUUCUUGUGCUCCAUUUAAAAAAGCAGCAAAUUCUAUAAUAAUACCAUUAUCCUGACGCUUACUGGGAGAUGGUUAUUUGAGGAGCGCAUAAAAAAGUCAUUUGAUCUUAGGGGAAAAUACAUGUCAGCUUAAUUACCUAUAUUCUACAGGUGAGGAAAUAAAAGACCAAAAAAAGCUAAAUAUAGUAGUGCUACGUAGAGGGAAUCUUCUUACAUUAAAUUUAUUUUCUAUGGUGGUGAAUAAUGAUAAUGUUAUUUUAUCAUUGGGAUAUGUUAAAAACACAACUUUGGGGUAGGCUGUCUUAAUUAGAGUUGCCUGGUACUGUAUUCUGAGGCUUAUUUUUAAUAGAAGAAUAAAGAAUCAGUUUCAAUUUGUUACCAUUAGACAGAGCUGUGCUUCCUCAGUGAGUUCUGAGGCUAGCAGGCUUGUUCCUCUGUCUGGGCUCAGUGACACAGCGCCUUUGAGAAGAUUCAGAUCGUAAGAAACCCUUCCUUGCUAAGAACCCGCUUUCAUUUGUUUGCUUGGUCCAGGUCAGUCUUAGUUGUCUUAAGGGCACAGCCUGCGGUCGUCUGAGAGAAGAGGCUUCGGUUGGGUCAUUGCCUAAACCACACUGGCCUGUGACAGAAUUUGUGCGGGACCACCUUGGUUGUGAAUUAGUCCAUAAAGGGGCCCUUAAACACUGGACAGCAGCAUCCUUAGUCAGAUGGCCCUGGGUUAUGUUACAAAGUGUUUUCGAGCGCUUUGCUGCAAGGGACCACCACCUGCGCGCCCUGAAUAUGACUUGGUUUGCAUAGGUCUCACGGGCUCCGGGAAAACCAGCCUGCUGUCCGAGCUCUGCAGCGAAAGCCCGGAGAACGUUGUGUCGACCACAGGUUUUAGUAUAAAGGCAGUGCCAUUCCAGAAUGCCGUUUUGAAUGUAAAAGAACUUGGAGGAGCUGACAAUAUCCGGAAAUACUGGAGCCGCUACUACCAAGGAUCUCAAGGGGUCAUAUUCGUAUUAGACAGUGCCUCUUCAGAGGAUGACUUAGAAACUGCUAGGAACGAACUGCACUCCGCUCUCCAGCACCCACAGCUAUGCACUUUACCCUUUUUGAUAUUGGCCAAUCAUCAAGACAAGCCAGCAGCUCGCUCAGUACAAGAGAUCAAAAAGUAUUUUGAACUUGAACCACUGGCCCGUGGAAAGCGCUGGAUCCUGCAGCCCUGCUCUCUGGAUGAUGUGGACACACUGAAGGACAGCUUCUCCCAGCUCAUAAACUUGUUAGAAGAAAAAGACCACGAGGCAGUGAGAAUGUGAGACCUGACACAGAAGUUCCGGGAAAGCCUCGAACCCGCCGUGUUCGUUCCCCAUCGUGAUUCCAUGUUGGUAUCGAGACUGGCCCGGCUUCGGUAUCUACUUGCCUCUAGCUAUUUCAGACUUUCAUCUCUCUGCUAACGUGACUAUUCUGAUAAGUCAGGUGGAUUAUCAUCGGCAUUAACGUCAAGUACACACUACUGAGAGAGAACUGAUUCUCUGGUUACCACUAAUUAUCUUCACCGCAUGUCUCUUCCUCCUGUUGGUCUAAGAAUCUCUUCUCUGCUUUGUGCUAAAGUGGAUGGAACUCACAGAAACGAGACCCGUUCUGAAGACCUCAGAAAGGCUCAUGUGGUUUCACUAACUUCUCUGGACUUGGGAUCAGAAGAUUCUGUCUGAGACUCCACACGAUGGAUACGCCAUUGAUAUUUCCGUGAUCUCUUAGGGGUUGGAGGUUUUUUUUUUUUUACAUUUUAUUUUAUCUCAUCUGGUUUUCAUAUUGUUUUCUUGUGUGUGUGAGGAUAUUGACUUUGUAGGCUGAGUGAAAAUGGCGGCCCAAAACUUCACCCAGUCAUCUUCUCUGGCUCUGAAAAACUCUAGAAAGUAGACAUGGAAGAAUUGAAAAACUCUAGAAAGUAGACAUGGAAGAAUUGAAAAACUCUAGAAAGUAGACAUGGAAGAAUUGCUUGGUCCUGCCUGCGGCCGUGUCCCCUGCCUUAGGAGGAGGGCAUCCUAGCUAAGGGAGUGGGAACCAGUUUAGGCAAGAACAGGCACCACUGAUUUGAAUCUGAACUCCUCAAAUAUUUUUAACGUCAUUAGUCUGCAUAAAACCGAGCUGCAACAUACGCAUCGGCCUUUCCUAGAAAUCAGAAAUGUUUGAAUGAAAUCUGGAAAAUGGCUUUUCAAAUAAUUAACAUAACAGCCAAAGUCUAAUUCACGGUUAGGACUUAAGCUGGCAUGGGUUUGAUGAAGCUCAAAGAGGAACCCCGUUAUUUAUUCAUCAAAGGCUAAUGUCACUUAGGGGAGUGUGCUCAUUGAGUUGUUAAAGGUCUGUCAGUACUUUUAUUAUAAACCUCUAUUUUCAGGGGUGUCAAUGUGCCCUUAGAGUAUGCUGGGCUACAGCAGAUAAAUAAACUCAGUCUGAAACUAAUUUUUUUCCACUUAAUUUAAAUGAUACAAUUGCCUAGAGUAAAAUGUACAGUUUUAGUAAGAUUUAGCACCUUUGACCUUUUUGAAAUCAGGACUAAUCUAUGAAUAUUCAGGUUCAUAGAUGAAAUAUUCUUUGGCAUAUCUUGUAGACACUUGACCACUCAUUAAAAUACUAAGUGGCCAAAUGAUAGAAAACUGCUCCCUAAGCCCAAGCAAUAAAAAAACCAUGUCUGUCAUUUUUAGGUAGUGUAGACUGAUACCCCGAUGCCACAGACUUAGGGCCAUAUUUAUCACAGGGUGACAGGAAACCUUGUGACUCUCCAGAGGAGAGUCCUCAGAACCCUGCACAGUGCUCAAAUGCAGUAUUUGUGAUUUCAUCUUGUAAAUGGAUUUUAAUAAAAAAGACCCCACACUUCUUUAAGCUUAUAUAUAUAUACAUAUAUAUGUAUGUAUAUAUGUAUAUAUAUAUAUAUAUAUAUGGCAUGGCCCAGAGAAGGACCCAUGAUAAUUCAUUUUGUCUAAAGUAUCCUUGAAUAUUUUUAAAACUGUGACGAUCCACAGGCAGCACAAACCUUUAAUCCACAUGAGCAGUUAAACGAUUCCUGUUUUUAUUUUGUCCCUCCCGUGCUCAUCUUCCAUGAAAAUAAAUAAAUGAAUGAUUUUUUUUUUCCGGGCUUUGCUCUCCCUGCAAGUUCAUUAAAUGCAGAAUGUUGUCUUUUGAGGAUCUUGUGGCCGAACGCUCCUUGCCAUCUGUUAAAUGACUUCCCGUUGUCUGUGUGUGUUCAUGUGCGCCAGUGAUGGGCUUCUCCACAGCCCCCGAGACUGUCUGAGGCGUCGCAGCCGUCAGAAUGAAAACAUUAUCAAUCAGUACCCAACAACAGCUGUUUUUGACAAGUUUCUGUCUGACGCCUGAUGCUUUACAACUGUCAAUAAGGCUCUUUCUUUGUCUAGCAGGUCGCAGCUCGCUGUCUUACUGCUUCUUCUUGGCAUCCUGGACUCUGUAACCCUAGAAUUUACUGUGUUUGGGAAACCCAGGUGGGGGAGGGGAGGGGGGAAAGGGGAGGGGACAUUCGUCUUGUUCUUACUUUUGUGUGAGGUGCCACAGGUGUCUUGGUUUGCAUAUUCAAAGAUAUAGGAAAACAGUCUGUUGUGUAUUUCCUCAGUGAGCAUCUUGUUAUAUUUAUGGAAGUGACCCAUUUUUGUACCUUCUUAGCUAAAGCGGUUGCCUCUUUUUAUACUGGCAAUUAAUUUAUAUAAGACUUUGUAUCUACCAUAGUUUACAGUAUUGGUUGCUGGAUAACUGCCAUAUCGCCCUGUCUUUCUAUGGAGAUUUACUCUAUCCAGACUUAAAAGUUGACAGGCUCACAUGGGCAUUUGCUAGGCAACAAGAACUUGCCCUAUUCACAAUUUAUAUGAUUUCCACUGUCUUGCAAUGAAAAUAAAUGCUGAGUAGAACAGGC